ACAAUAACAAAAGCCCAAACACAAACAACGACCACACCACACAAGUCCACAACUACAAGUAGCAGAAGACAAGAAAACUCAAAACUCCAAAACAUAGAGCCAUUUUUACACCCCCUCCCUCUCUCCCUCUCCCAUCACUCACUCUCCUCUCUCCCACUCUCCCAUGGAGCCACCAUGGAUCAGCGACGACCUCGCCGACGAUCUCGAAAGCCUGAGCUUCAACUCCACCGCCACCACCACUACCACCGACAUCAACCGCAGCAUAAGCUCCUCAUCCUCCUCCACUUUCACCACCAAACACCACUCCUCCGACCCAUGCUGGGACGCCAUUCGCCGCCGAACCUCCUCCUCCUCCGCCGCCGACCCUCCCGCCCCCCUCCUCCUCUCCGACCUCAAGUUCAUCCACAAGCUCGGCGCCGGCGACAUCGGCUGCGUCUACUUGGCGGAGAUGAAGUGCCGACAAAACAACGCGGUUUUCGCGGCCAAGGUGAUGGACAAGAAGGAGCUGGCUAGUCGGAACAAAGAGGGGAGAGCUAAGACGGAGCGCGAGAUUCUCGAGAUGCUGGAACACCCUUUUUUGCCCACGUUGUAUGGGUUCUUGGAUUCUCCUAAAUGGACUUGUUUGCUCACCGAGUUUUGUCCCGGCGGGGAUCUUCAUGUUCUGCGCCAACGCCAGCCUGCCAAGCGGUUUCACGAAUCCGCUGUCAGGUUCUACGCCUCUGAGGUGGUGGUAGCUAUAGAAUAUGUUCACAUGAUGGGAAUUGUUUACCGAGAUCUAAAGCCUGAAAAUGUUUUAGUCCGAUCUGAUGGCCACAUUAUGCUCACUGAUUUUGAUCUAUCGUUAAAAUGUGACAGCUCGACGUCGACUCCUGCUCAAAUUAUUUCCAACCAAGACCCUCUUGGCAAACCUUUCAGAAGUGAGUAUCACAUUGAUCCUCCUCCAUUUGCUUCAUCCUCGUGCAUUCUUCCCAACUGUAUUGUCCCAGCGGUCUCAUGUUUCAAUCCAAAACUCAAGAGAAAGAAGAAGCCUAUUCAUCACAGUGGACCUGAAUUUGUGGCUGAGCCGGUAGAUGUUAGGUCAAUGUCAUUUGUUGGGACACACGAGUAUUUGGCACCAGAAAUUGUGUCUGGUGAGGGCCAUGGCAGUGCAGUUGAUUGGUGGACAUUAGGGAUUUUUAUAUUUGAACUGUUUUAUGGUGUGACGCCCUUUAGGGGUAUGGACAAUGAACUUACCUUAGCAAACAUUGUGGCUCGAGCCCUCGAGUUUCCUAAAGAGCCAACAGUUCCAGCAACGGCUAAAGACCUAAUCUCACAGUUGUUGGUCAAGGAUCCGGCAAGGCGACUGGGGUCCACUAAGGGUGCAUCAGCUAUUAGACAACAUCCAUUUUUCCAAGCAGUCAAUUGGGCUCUUCUAAGAUGUACGUCACCACCUUUCAUUCCUCCUCCUUUUACCCGAGAUGUUUUCUCCGACGAAAGCUGCCCUGAAACUCCUGUGGACUACUUCUAAUGUCAAUACAUACUCUCUAUGUAGCACAGUUGGCGAGUUAAUUAGUUACUCCUACUCAACGAUACCUCAUGCAAGCACAUCUUGUUCGUGCACAUUUUGGGAUUUAUCAAGCACAAUGCAGCAUUCUUGCUAUGUAAUUAUAAAAUUUAUUGCGAAGAGGAAGAUUAUAUUCUAUCUGAGAAUAAAUUUCGAACAAAACUGAUAUGUAAGGUUAGUUGGCCUUGUUCAA